UAGCAACCCGGGCACGUAGCAACGACCGUACCAAUGGGCGUUCUUCUCCAGGUUCCACCGACCGCGGUUCCUUAGCAACGCGGUAAAAAAAAAAAAACUGACGUCCAUUCUGUUCUGGAAUAUUAUGGUCUGUCCGGAAUUCAGAGUGGCCGCCGCCGGGACUGUAGGAAAACAUAAAUAAUACUCUGCUACCGCUAGCCCGAGCUAACGGGAGGUAGCACCGGAGUCAACAUGGAGCUGUCCGCCGUCGGGGAGAGGGUGUUCGCGGCCGAGUCGAUCAUCAAGCGGAGGAUCCGGAAGGGUCGCAUUGAAUACCUGGUGAAAUGGAAGGGCUGGUCCCCGAAAUACAGCACGUGGGAACCGGAGGAGAACAUUCUGGACUCCCGCCUGUUUGUCGCUUUCGAGGAGAGGGAGCGCGAGCGCGAGCUGUACGGGCCCAAAAAGCGAGGACCGAAACCCAAGACCUUCCUGCUCAAGGCUCAAGAUAAACUGAAAGCCCAGUCCUAUGAGUUCAGAGGCGUCGGAGUCCGGGGGAUGCACAUCACCUACCCGGCCCCCGAGCCGGUGGCGCCCCCCCGGGCCAGAGAGGGUCUGAGGGCCGUGGUGCCAAACAUCUUUCCUCCCGGCGCCGUCAACCGUGGCCCGGCGCCUUCCCUCCACGGGCCCCAGACAAGUGGCCCGAUGCCCACGCCCCGCUUCGAGGGCCACAAGAGGAGAGCGGCGGAGGAGGAUGAGGACGAAGAGGACGACGAAGAGGAGGAGGAGGAGGAGCAGGCGAGCGACAGGCCUCACACGCUGGCUGAGCUCCAGGGGGCCGACGAGAUGAGGCUCCUCGAGGCGGUCCGCCGACACCCGGAGCCCCACGGUCACAAACGGCACCAUCGCCACCUCCACCACACACACAAGCGUCCGCACAGAACCGACACGCACAGGACUAAGGACGGCGCCGCCUACCUGGCGCCCGUGCACUUCAAGCACCGGUCCAAAGUGAACCCGAGCCGCCGCCCCCCCCCUGCCGCCGCCGCCGGGCCCCUCCCGAGGACGGAGAAGCCGUACUUCUUGGACCGGCCGUCCCCGACCCGGCUGGACGGCGUGGACGCGGCGGCGUGGCGGCCCUCCGUCGGCGCCAUGGAGACGGUCCUGGUGACGGACGUCACCACCAACUUCCUGACCGUCACCAUCAAGGAGAGCAGCAGCUCCAAAGGCUUCUUCAGGGACAUGAAGAGGGCGGCGGGACCCUCGCCUUCCUCACGCUGAGGCUCUUUAGGGCGGAGCGGGAUCUGUUGAGCAACGCCAUUUUUGUAUUUAGUGUAUUAAAAAAUUACAGAAUGUGCAUAUAUAUUAUAAAGUUGGACAUGUUCUGUUUAAUGUGUUGAUCAAAUUAGGUCCGUCUCACAUCUUUUAUGAUACUUUCUCUAAAGAGCUCGUGGAGUUUUGCAAUUUCUAACCUAGAAUGUAUUUUUUUCACUUAUCUUCCAGUCUGAGCUAAUUUAUGAGAAAUGAUGUUUAGAUUAAUACAUUCAAUCUGUGGAGGGAUUUAUUACUCUAUAAUUCUAACCAAUUAGACUGAAUAUAUUUAUAUAUAUAUACAUGUUCAAUUUAUAUAUACCCCGUUUAAUUCAAUGGGAUUGAUAUUUAAUAAUGUACGAAAGCACUUUUAAUUCUAAAGUAUUACAAAAAUAAUCCGUUCGUGUUGCAUUCAAAGACCCAGUCUAAAGUCUGUAAUCUAAUUAACAGACUAAGAGUUGUCCCACUGUGUAUAACUAUAUUUUACAUUAACAUAUAUGUAUAUUUUACAUUUUCAGAAACGUUCACAGCUUCAUGUCACGUGUCGGUGUCACUUUGCUUUGUAGAAGCUUUACAAUAAAUUCUUUGAAUUUUUCUCAAUGUUA